AUGACUCCAGAGGAAGAAGUCCAGAGACAGAGCACCAUGACUUCUGAGAAAGGUCCUUCAACGGGUGACCCCACUCUGAGGAGAAGAAUCGAACCCUGGGAGUUUGACGUCUUCUAUGACCCCAGAGAACUUCGUAAAGAGGCCUGUCUGCUCUACGAAAUCAAGUGGGGCAUGAGCCAGAAGAUCUGGCGAAGCUCAGGCAAAAACACCACCAAUCACGUGGAAGUUAAUUUUAUAAAAAAAUUUACAUCAGAAGGACGUUUUCACUCAUCCAUCAGCUGCUCCAUCACUUGGUUCUUGUCCUGGAGUCCCUGCUGGGAAUGCUCCCAGGCUAUUAGAGAGUUUUUGAGUCAGCACCCUGGUGUCACUCUAGUGAUCUAUGUAGCACGGCUUUUUUGGCACAUGGAUCAACAAAAUCGGCAAGGUCUCAGGGACCUCGUUAACAGUGGAGUAACUAUUCAGAUUAUGAGAGCAUCAGAGUAUUAUCACUGCUGGAGGAAUUUUGUCAACUACCCACCUGGGGAUGAAGCUCACUGGCCACGAUACCCACCUCUGUGGAUGAUGUUGUACGCACUGGAGCUGCACUGCAUAAUUCUAAGUCUUCCACCCUGUUUAAAGAUUUCAAGAAGAUGGCAAAAUCAUCUUACAUUUUUCAGACUUCAUCUUCAAAACUGCCAUUACCAAACGAUUCCACCACACAUCCUUUUAGCUACAGGGCUGAUACAUCCGUCUGUAACUUGGAGAUGAAUGGAAUGAUUCCAUGUGUGUACUGAUUCAAGAACAAGCAAUGAUGACCCACUAAAGAGUGAAUGCCAUUUAGAAUCUAGAAAUGUUCACAAGGUACCCCAAAACUCUGUAGCUUAAACCAACAAUAAAUAUGUAUUACCUCU